GUCCACUCCCGGUGAUGCUCUUGCUGGUUUCACUUACAACAGUGGCUGAUGCUCAAGGGAGUCCUAAAGCUGUGGUGUCCAUAAAGCCUGAUAUACACAUGUUCAUUGGAGAGCAUGUUACUCUCAGAUGUAACAUAGAUGCACAAGGAGACACUCAGUGGCCAUACAGCUGGUUUAAAAAUAAUACCAGACUCAAUCAGUACAGAGACUCUGUUGUAUAUGCUAUUGGAUACUCUGACCGUGGUUCCUACACCUGCAGUGGAUCCUUUUCAGAAAUCAGUGAUCCUGUUACAAUGACUGUAUCAGAAAGACCCAAAGCGACUGUGAGAGUGAAUCCUCAGAGCUCCGUCUACACUGGAGACACCAUCACUCUGAGCUGUGAGCUGCAGCAGGGGACUGGAUGGGAGUUUCUCUGGUACAAAAAUAAUCAGUAUUUGCAACAUCUGAACACUGGUGCUACAGACACCAGCAACCUCAGUGUGAUGGUUGAUACUGCAGGAGAAACCGGGUAUCAGUGUGGAGCACAUAGGCGUAACACAUGGGCAAACACAGACUACUACACAGAUUACAGUAACAGAGUCAGGAUUACAGCAAGAGAGAGACCACCGCCAGUACUGAGUGUAUCUCCACAGAGCUGGCUGACUGAAGGAAACUCAGUGACUCUAAGCUGUGAGGUUACAGGCUUCUCUACAGACUGGAUAUUCAGCUGGUACACAACUGUUCCCUACAGAGAUGGAUUAACUCAAAUAAGAAAUAAUCAUGGUUAUAACAUGUAUCUGGAGCCCCUCCCAGACAGCAGCAGAGAAUCUGGAGGCAAAUACACUCUCAGUCCUGCUGCUCUGAAUCACACAGGAGUUUAUAUGUGCAGAGGAAAGAGAGGAGAACCAGCCUUUCACACACAGUACAGCAAUCCACAGCCUCUAUGGAUCACUGCGAGUGAAUCUCCUCCAGUUUCUUUGAUCAUCCAUCCCAACAGAACUCAACACUUUACUUAUGAGUCUCUCUUAUUGAGCUGUAACUCUACUGACCAGAGUAACUUUACUGGAUGGACAGUGAGACGAUAUGCACACAGUGAGAGAGUGUUAGAUUGUUUAUGGUGGGGAUCAGUUACAGGAUCCACAUGUGAAAUCAGCCCCCUCUCUACAUUAGAUACUGGAGUUUACUGGUGUCACUCUGAAUCUGGAGAAAACAGGAAUCCUGUUAACAUCACAGUGCAGAAUGCUCUUGUGAUCCUGGAGAGUCCUGUCCAUCCUGUGACUGAGGGACAUCCUCUGACUCUACGCUGUUUAUAUCGAAAUCCAAAGCCCUCAAACCUCCGAGCUGAUUUCUAUAGAGAUGAAUCAGUCCUCCAGACACAGACUACAGGAGAGAUGAUAAUCCAUAAUAUCUCAAAGUCAGAUGAAGGUUUCUACCACUGUAAAUAUCCAGAGGGAGAAGAGUCACUGAAAAGCUGGGUCUCAGUCAGACAUGAGAAACCUUUCCCAGGAUUUAGAUCCAGUGGUGGAACAGUAGGAGUGGCUGUGGGCUUGGGAUUUUUGUUCAUCAGUUUACUGAUCUUAAUGAUCCUGCUGUGGUCCUACAAAAGAAAGAAAGAAAAGCAGCAAAAAAACAAUCAGACAUCAGAGCAGAACCAGAGACAGUCAGGAGCUGAAGACUCUCAGUCAGGAUAUACAGCACUUCAGGCUGGUCAGACACUGUCUUAA